AUGAAAGGUCUUUUAGCAGAGAAGCAUAAGUUGAGGGAGAUAAAAAUUGUGGCUCUGACACAAGAUAGUAGUGCAGCGAUAAAAGAAAGGAUGCCACCAAAGGUCAAUGAUCCUGGUAGCUUUAGUAUUUCCUGCAUGAUCGGGAAUCAGCAAGUAGGAAGAGCCUUAUAUGAUCUGGAAACCAACGUCAAUUUGAUGCCCCUCUCAUUUGUAAAGUCCUUGGGGAUCACUAAGAUGAAGUCUACACUGAUGUAUCUUCAAAUUGUUGAUAGAACCAUCAAGAAGCUAGAAGAAGUACUUGAUGAUGUCCUAGUGAAGGUAAAUGAUUAUAUCUUCCCAGUUGACUUUGUAAUGCUUAAUAUGGAGGAAGAUGUCAACAUGCCUCUGAUCUUAGAAAGAUCAUUCUUGGCAACCGCUAGGGCACUGAUUAACAUGGAGCAAGAGAGAUGA